GGUGACAGUCGUGCGUGACAGUUAGCUGUCGGUUGCUGUCGGCGUUUGGUUUAGUAGUUAGCUGGAUGAUGCGCGUCUCGCAUCGUGUGUGUUUGUUGUAUGGGCUGCAGAUCGACACGUUUCUUGUUUCCAGUUUCUCUUUUCGCUCCUAUUAGCAUUUAACGCCAUCACCAGAAGGACCCGCUUUCCCUCAGGUUACCGUGCGCUCCUCCAAGUCGAACGUGUUGUUCCACAGGUGCCGUGACUAUGAUAACCUUUAUACAAAACAGUCAGAUCUGAUUUAGCGACUGUAAACAAACAGGUUUCCUUCGUCUUCGUGUAUCCAACAACAAUAUCUAAGAAGUGUAUCGUCAUCGUUAAAUUGCCUUGUCGUUGUAGAGUCAGAUGGGGCCUGUUACACGAUGCCCCCAGAAGCCAUGAGGCUGGACAGUCCUCCGUGCACUAACCAUAACAACAACAACAGCAUCAGCAGUAAUCUCAAUAAUAACAACAACGCAGUUUCCGGCGACGAGCUGGCUCUCUUAGCUAAACUGGAGGAGGCGAAUCGCCUCUACGAGUCCGAUGCCAAGUCGCUCAACUCUUUGAGCGGCGGCGCUUCGGCAUCAGGACAUUCGAGGAAGAGCUCGGACACCUCGCAAAUAUCAUUAACAUCAGGAGCUAGUUCUACGCAAGAGAAGGUGGACGAUGGCGAAGAUCUGUGGGCCGUCUGGGGUCAGAUUAUCGGCGACUGGGAAACCUCGUGGAAGAAGCAGAACGCGCAAGUACGAGAUUACGUGCGACGUGGCAUUCCGGUGCAUUUCAGGGGAAUUGCCUGGCAGCUGCUCUGCUCUGCGACCGAAGCCACCGAGAAGAAGCUCUACGCCGAAUACAUCAAGACAAAGUCGCCCUGCGAGAAGGUCAUCAGGCGUGACAUCGCACGAACUUAUCCCGAGCACGACUUCUUCAAAGAGAAGGAUGGACUCGGUCAGGAGUCUCUGUUCAACGUCAUCAAAGCGUACUCGCUGCACGAUCGCGAAGUUGGCUACUGUCAAGGAACAGGAUUUAUCGUCGGGCUGCUGCUGAUGCAGCAAAUGCCCGAGGAGGAGACGUUCGCGGUAUUGGUGAAGAUCAUGGAGGAUUACCGAAUGCGCGACAUGUUCAAACCGAGCAUGGCCGAAUUGGGUCUGUGCAUGUUCCAACUAGAGAAUCUGGUCAGCGAGCAACUGCCCGAACUGUACAGACACUUCCAGUCCCAAUGUUUCCACACGUCCAUGUACGCCUCCAGCUGGUUCUUAACGCUUUUCACCACGACACUUUCCCUCCCUUUAGCCUGCAGAAUAAUGGACGUGUUCCUCUCUGAAGGAAUGGAAAUCAUCUUUAAGGUAGCUCUGGCCAUGCUCACCUUGGGAAGGGACGACCUGAUGUCGAUGGACAUGGAAGGAAUGCUCAAAUUCUUCCAAAAAGAAUUGCCGUCGCGCGCUGAAGCCGACCAGGAGUCGCUAAUGAGGUCCUCCUUUGGCAUGAAGAUUAACACUAAGAAGAUGAAGAAAUUGGAGAAAGAGUAUAGCAUAAUCAAAGCGAAGGAGCAAGAGGAGAUGGCCGAAUUAAAAAGAUUGAGGAAUGACAACAAGAAGCUAAAGGAAAGGUGUGAAAUGCUGGAGGAGGAGAGCAAAGCACUGGCGGAUAGAUUGGUGAGAGGACAGGUGAGCCGAGCCGAGGAGGAGGAAACCACAUUUGUUGUACAGAGGGAACUGGAUGGUCUCCGACACACUCAUCUCGCUACCACGCAUCAGUUGGCAUUGGCCCAGGAGAAGAUAAAACAGUUGUCUCUGAUUAUGGAGGAAACGCAUUCAUCGCGGCAAUCGUCGUUGGAGGAGAUGUCGUUGAAGGCGGAGCAGCUCGAGCAGAGGGAGUCGAUGAUUGUGUGUUUGCAGGAAGAGUUGGUAAAGGUGAGACUGAGGGAAGCCGAGAACGACGUUGUCAUACGUGACUUGCGUGCUCGCAUCCAUGAACUAGAGGAGGACAAGAAAACGCUGCGAGAAAUCACGCCGGACAAUAGCGUGGCUCAUCUGCAGGAGGAGCUGAUCGCGGUGAAACUACGCGAAGCCGAGGCAAACCUAUCGCUCAAAGAUCUACGACAGAGAGUCUCUGAACUGAGCUCGCAGUGGCAGCGUCAUCUGCAGGAUGGCAGACAGGACUCCUCGUCAUCGUUGUCGAUGGCGAGCGACGCACUGAGCACACCCAAGAAGCUGCUCUGGGGCGGCGGCAGGAAUGAGACGCAAAAACUGGAAGAGGAACUUAUGACUACCAGAAUAAGAGAGAUGGAGACCUUGACCGAGGUGAAGGAGCUACGACUGAAGGUGAUGGAGCUCGAGACGCAAGUGCAGGUCGGAACGAACCAGCUGAGGAGGCAGGACGAGGAGAUUAAGAAGCAGAAGGAGUUGCUCGAGACGGCCGAACUGAAGGACCGCGACUGCGCGUCAAAUCAACUGAUCGAACGAAGAAGAUACGCGGAUCUUGAGAGCCGAAUGAAGGACGAGCUUAUGAAAGCAAGAAUCAGCGACACCGAGAAGACUCAGGCUAUCGCCGAGCUCACGCAAAAGAUAAGCCAGCUCGAAUUAAAGAACGAGGAGAUCGCGACCGAGGGAGAGCUGCGGAGCCAUCAAGUCGAUGACAGCGACCGCGUGCGAGAUCUGCAGGACAAAGUUGCCGAUCUUCAAGCCGAGGUCAUGAGACUGGAGGCCAUGAAUUUUCCGAAAGGAUCUUUUAGGGUACCGACCGGACGGACAGCCUCCAUCGACUCGACCGACGAAGAGUCAAAGAUCCGCAUAUUCGAUGAUCCUUCGUUGCAUCUGCGGAUUGCCGAUUCACCCAGCGAGGAGAUUCAACAGCAAUUCCCUGAUGUCCAAAAACCACAACCAGAGAACCACAACAACAACAGCAGCAGCCCCACAUCGGAAACCACCGCACACGAGAACCACCACAAUCUUGAAGACCAAAACAAGAUGGCUCAAAUGUGACGGCAAACCCACCACACAGGAUCGAGAAUAUUUUGAAAAAUAAAAAGAAACAAACACAUACACACACACACACAAAGCAUACAAACAAUUUCAUAGAAGGUCUACAGCAACUUGAAUUGGAUGUACUUGUAUAGUGAUAAACUAGGAUUUUUUUCUGUGUUUUUUAUAUCAAUCUCUCUUUUUUUUUUGAUAAUAGAGAAAGCCUGUAGAAUGAUAUUAUUAUUGCUGAUGUUGUUGUUGUUGUCGUCGUCUGUGUAUCUAGCUUUAAGUAAAUAAUUAUUUUAAUGAGAGAUUUAACUUGAACUGGUCACAUUUACUGCGUGCGGCUACGGUAAAUGAGGAUCUUUACAUUAGGAUCAAACGAUGAUGAAGGUGAUCAUAAUGAUAGGUGAAUCGUAUAUGUGGUGAAUUCAGGGUAGCAAAAUUAUUUACCAGAGCUUUCCAUUAAAUAGUACAGUUCUCCUCUGUACAAAUUAAAUUAUUUAAUCUACUCAAUCCUCUGUGUGUCAAAUUGUUUAAAAUAAUGUGAUGUGACAAUUGAAACAUUCCCAUCGACGCAGUAACGAUGGUUCCGACCGAUACAGAUUGAUUCAU